GGCGGGCUCUAGCGGCGGCGGCGAUGGCGGGCCAGGGGCAGGACCGCAAGACCAUCGAUCUGGAGGAAGGAUGGGCCUACAUGGAGGGCGGCAUCGGCAAGCUCGUCAACAUCCUCGAGGGCAAGAACGAGCCGCAGUUCAACUCCGAGAACUACAUGAUGCUCUACACGACGAUAUACAACAUGUGCACGCAGAAGCCGCCCAACGACUACUCGCAGCAGCUCUACGACAAGUACCGCGAGGCCUUCGAGAAGUACAUCCGAGACGCGGUCUUGCCAGCAAUAAAAGAGCAGCAUGAUGAGUAUAUGCUAAAACAGCUAAACGUAAGGUGGAAGAACCAUAAAGUCAUGGUUCGCUGGCUUUCACGUUUCUUCCAUUAUCUUGACCGAUACUUCAUCACCCGGAGGUCUCUUACUCCACUUAAUGAUGUUGGGUACAUUUGCUUCCGAGACUUGAUAUUUCAAGAGAUCAAAGGAAAGGUGAAAGAUGCGGUGUUAGUUCUGAUAAAUCAAGAGCGUGAAGGUGAACAGAUUGACAAGACCUUGCUGAAGGACGUCCUGGAUAUAUUUGUUGAAAUCGGGUUAACUACUAUGGAGUUUUAUGAGAAUGACUUUGAAGAUUUCUUGCUUAAGGAUACUACAGAGUACUAUUCUGUCAAGGCUCAAAACUGGAUCGUUGAGGAUUCUUGUCCAGAUUACAUGAUAAAGGCUGAGGAGUGCCUGAAAAGAGAGAAGGAGCGAGUUGGUCACUACUUGCAUAUUAACAGUGAGCCAAAGUUGCUGGAGAGAGUGCAAAAUGAAUUGCUUGCCAACUAUGCAACACAACUUCUGGAGAAGGAACAUUCUGGAUGUUAUGCAUUGCUUCGGGAUGACAAGGUGGAUGAUCUUAAAAGGAUGUUUUCGCUCUUCUCAAAAAUCACCCGUGGUCUGGAACCUGUUUCUAACAUGUUCAAAUCGCAUGUUACGAAUGAGGGUACAGCUUUGGUCAAGCAAGCAGAAGAUUCUGCUAGCAAUAAGAAGCCAGAGAAGAAGGAGAUGGUUGGAAUGCAGGAACAGGUUUUUGUCUGGAAAAUCAUUGCACUGCAUGAUAAGUAUGUAGCAUAUGUCACAGAUUGUUUCCAUGGCCAUACACUCUUCCACAAGGCACUUAAAGAAGCCUUUGAGGUCUUCUGCAAUAAGGGUGUCUCUGGCAGUUCAAGUGCUGAAUUACUCGCCACCUUCUGUGACAACAUUUUGAAGAAAGGCUGCAGUGAAAAGCUCAGUGAUGAAGCUAUUGAAGAUGCCCUUGAGAAGGUGGUGCGCCUGCUCGCAUACAUAAGUGAUAAAGAUCUCUUUGCUGAGUUCUACAGGAAGAAACUUGCAAGGAGAUUGCUUUUUGACAAGAGUGCUAAUGAUGAACAUGAAAGAAGCAUCCUGACAAAGCUUAAGCAGCAGUGUGGUGGGCAGUUUACUUCAAAAAUGGAAGGCAUGGUUACUGACCUUACUCUUGCAAGAGAUCAUCAAACUAAGUUUGAAGAGUUUGUAGCUGAACAUCAAGAGUUGCAUCCUGGGGUAGACUUGGCUGUUACUGUCUUGACAACAGGAUUCUGGCCAACAUACAAAACUUUUGAAAUAAGCCUUCCUUCUGAGAUGGUUAAAUGUGUAGAGGUUUUCAAGGAGUUUUACCAAACAAGAACAAAGCACAGGAAGCUUACCUGGAUAUACUCGUUGGGAACCUGCAAUAUCAAUGCAAAAUUUGAAACCAAAACUAUAGAGCUCAUUGUUACAACAUAUCAGGCUGCGUUGCUGUUGUUAUUCAAUGGAGUUGAUAGGCUUAGUUACUCUGAGAUUGUAACACAGCUGAACCUGUCGGAUGAUGAUGUUGUGCGUUUGCUCCAUUCUCUGUCUUGCGCGAAAUACAAGAUUCUUACCAAAGAGCCAGCUGGUAGAUCUAUUUCGCCCAAUGAUGUUUUCGAGUUCAAUUCAAAAUUUACUGACAGGAUGAGAAGAAUCAAGAUACCCCUGCCUCCUGUUGAUGAGAAGAAAAAGGUUGUUGAAGAUGUUGACAAGGACAGGAGGUAUGCAAUUGAUGCGUCGAUUGUCCGUAUCAUGAAAAGCCGCAAAGUCAUGGCCCAUACCCAGCUAGUUGCGGAAUGUGUGGAGCAGCUCAGCCGCAUGUUCAAGCCUGACUUCAAAGCUAUCAAGAAGCGGAUUGAGGAUCUCAUCACCAGGGACUACCUGGAGCGUGACAAGGACAACGCCAACACAUACAGAUAUCUGGCUUGAUUGGUAUCUGGGGGCAGGUUCGGGGGCAGCUGGCGUGUGGCGUUCAUGAUAUGCUCCAGUGACUUUGCUGCGAUGAUGCAGCUUACUUUGGGGAUUUCUGUCGUGUGCCAGUUGCUACCUUCCUUGGCUGGUCUCAUUUUGUACAUGGGGGUCGUUGGAUAGGAGCCUAUCGAGAUACUAGUAGGCAAAUCAGGAUCGGUGGAGGCAAACUCUUUACCGCUUAACUGCCUUCCCUUGCAGUGCUAUUUAUAUAUCUUAGUACUCGCCACUUGACCUAGUUAACUUGUUGCCACGCUUAUGCUUUGCCGUGAAAAGUUUCUACGAGCUUCU